GUGUUAGAUAGGUGGGAGCGGUAUGAGCUGAUCUAUCUGUCAAUUCUAGAGAUGAUUUCGGAGUUUAAGAUGAGGGUUUCCAUACUUCUUAUCCAAUUUUGCUGUUGUCUCUGUCAAGACUGUUCUGCGGUCCUCUACGAAAACUACACCAUCGUCACAAGUUGCCUACUUGGAAAAUUCGGACGGUCGGAGUUUCUGCGAUUAGGUGUUAUUGCAAACACGUGUCUGAAUGUAUCGACGUGCGUGAACGAAACCGAGUUAAGAACGGUCUUCCUGAAUGAUACCAACAUAACUACUACUCUACACUGGCGGUAUAUUGACAGUCGAGAGUUAUUCCAGGUAGCUCGUACAGUCACAGAAUUCAAACGUAUUGGCAUAAGUUCCUGUCUGAUAGCCACAGAUCUGGACUUCCAGUAUGUCCAACCAAUAUUUACACAUGUCAAUAUGACGUUUGUUCACGUUGGAGUGGUCAGUCCAAGCAUUUCAGUGGUCAGCAGAAAGGCCACUCUCGGGUGUAACUACCAGCAUCACAUUGACAGCACGUUAAAUGGGAUAUGUCAGCCUCCUCUCGGUUAUGAAGGCCGUGAAAUUCCUCAGAUAGUUGGACAGAAUGCUGGGCACGUGGCAGUCAUAGUGACGUCAUUAAUCAUCCACAUGGAGUGGGAUGACGUAUUACUUCUGUACGAGAGUGGUAUAGAAGUAGAAAUAGAGGAAACUCGUCGAAUAUUGUUGGAAUACAGCAUUUUAUAUAAUUCGACAAUGGUGGAUAACUUUUCCGAGAGGGACUACCACCUAUUGGUCAACAAGGCAGCUAACUGGGAGCAGAGUCGUAGAAUCAGAAUAGCUACCCUUUGUAUACAUAAAUGUGAGGACUUCCUAUCUGCUAUGGAUUCAUACGAUCGGGUCCACUUAAGGACAAGCGCUCUUCGUCAUUUCUCUGAUAUGAUGGUUGUCUCCCUUGCUGGAUUUGAUUUACAAUUUAACAUGCACCUUAAUAUAACAAUAGAUAACAUGAUAUUUAUAGCGUUCCCGCAGCAAUUGUCUACAAUGGAAACCAGUACGAACGACUUUGAGCGGUUGUUGGACAGUAUUCUUAAAGAUAUCACAACCGUUGGAACCUCUGAUUCUAGUAUGAGGGACACGAUGACGUCACAUGUCCUCACAAACGUUCAACAGAUUCAGGGAACUAGAGCGUGCCGGUGGAUUCCAAUAUCAUCUCUGAUGUGGAUUAAUCCUGGCCCCAGGGGACUUGAUGUCGUUGGUUUUGUCGAUGACAAUGGAAGAUUGUUCGAAGUAUCUACAUUCUUUCCAAAUCGAAACUAUGGCUGGAAUGGCAGGAAUUUGUUGGUCGCUACACUACAGUGGGCACCUUUCGUAAUGAAGAAUGGAAACAACUCAUAUGAAGGAUUGUGCUUCGAUAUCUUCAAUGAAAUCGCGACCAGAUUUAAUUUCACAUAUGACGUCAUAGAGCCCCCGGAUGGUGACUGGGGACUCGAACUCGAUAAUGGAAGUUGGAGCGGUGUUGUCGGGAUGCUACAGAGAAAGGAAAUAGACUUAGUGGUUGCUUCUCUGAACGUGCACAGCCGGCGCGAGGAGGUGAUUGAUUUCACGUAUCCCUAUUUCUAUGACAGCACAAUAAUUCUGAUCACAAAGGAAGAUCCGAUGAAAACAAAAUGGCGGACACUUAUUGACCCAUUCGAUGACACAGUGUUGUUGUUGAUUGGCUGUGCUCUGGCAGCAAUAUCAUUCUUACUCUGUGUGUUUGAGAGGCUAAGUCCAUAUUACUGUGACGAAGUAAAUUACUUGGAGGAUAAAAGUCUAAAAAGUUUCCAGGAUUCAUUUUGGUACCUUUAUGGAGCUUUGCUCACACAAGGUGGCGACCGUUUGCCACAUUCCCAGACCGGAAGAACUCUCCUAAGUUGUUGGUGGCUGUUCUGUCUAGUCAUGAUGGCGUCGUACAGCGGAAACUUGAUCGCUUAUUUGACCGUCUCAAAAGACAAACUUCCUUUUAAUACGGUCAACGAGAUGAUACAGAAAGAUGAAUACAAAUGGGGCCUAAUAGGGGGAAGUUACUGGGUGACAAUAUUCAAGGACUCCGUUUUACCAGAAUUUAAGUCGGUGUGGCAGGGCGUGGAACGCUUCAACAAGUCCGACCCCAGCGUCCUGAGUACUAACCCAGAUGUACAUAUACAGAAAGUCUUAGAGGGUAACUACGCCUACCUUGGUGACAAGACUCAGAUAGAGAUCAAAAUGGCCAACGAAUGCACACUCCGGACAGGCAAGGAGGAAGUGCUGCCUUUCCAAUAUGCAUUCGGUCUUCCAAAUCUCUCGCCAUUUACAGAGAUGAUAUCUCGAGAAAUCAUCGAAAUUCACGAAAGUGGGCUCAUAAAUAUAUGGAAAAGUCGACGUUGGCCAAGGACUAAUAUCUGUGGCAGCGAGUCGCUGACGUCAGCCAAAGCCAUAACGUUGGUGGACGUCCAAAGUGCUUUCUAUCUAAUCGGCAUUGGGUUGACAUUGGCGUCUAUGGUUAUGGGUUUAGAAAAUCUUCGGGCAUUGUACAAUAAAAAAAGAUUAGCGAUCAAAGAGAAAAAAGAAAAAGAAACGGAGCCAAACGGCAAUUGUACUUUAAAAAGCAACAAUGCGAUACUGUGACAUUUGUUCAGGGUAAAGCAAAUUGUGCAGAAAAAAUGAAUAGCGACAAUGGAUGGAAAGGAAAGAAAUGAAACAAUAUGGUGAUGGCACAAAACAAACUUCCUUUAUUGAUCAGUAGCUAUUAACCCCCUUGAUAAAUAAAAACAAGAUCAAUGGCGAAUGUUGUAUCAAAUAAAAGUGUACAAUAUUUCGAAAGAGCGUAAGCAUAUGAUUUACAUGAUAUGGUGCGAAAGGGGGAAUGAUAUACGCACAUAGUAUAAUAACAUUGCGAUGGAUAUUAUUCUUACCUAGACACAUACUGGAUUCAAUAGUUUUCAUGUUGUCUGGCGGUUUUUGUCAACAGGAAAAUGUUUUCCCGAGAAUUUGUCAUUCACACAGAUUAGGGAGAACGGCUUUUGUCCAUUUUGUAGUCAAACAGUUGAAAAAGAUACAAAAAUAUCGAAAGCAUAGUUGGCACAACGUUAUGCGCUCUAUAAUAGACCUAGCGGGUAGUACAGGGAAGUGCCAAAUUAUUACUGUAAAAGUUUUUAUUUUGGCGUACUUAAAGUUUUAGCGCACUUCCAAAUUUAAAAGAGUGUGGCUCGGUGAUGAAGUGUCGAAUCAUAAUUAGAAAGUUGAAAUAAGUCAAUAAGUUAGCGCAAAGCUCCCAACGCAAACAGCGUUAAAAUAAUAUUACCACUAAAAUGAAUAAUGCUUACAGCACUUUUAUGUUGACGUCAUUCAUAUUGAAGGAAGUGACGUAAUUAGUGUCAAAUGUUGAAAUAUGGAUACAUGUAUUUGAAAAACAAUAGUAGCAUUUUCAAGGACUCGUUGUGUCUAAAAACUACACUUAAAAAAUAUGUUGUUUUAGUAGUGGAAGAUGGUUGUUGAAAAUAUUUAGAAAGCGUUUUAUGCGGAGAAAAAUAUGCAAUAAUAUUUUGAAAGAGUUGUAGCUGUUGAUAUUGAAUCAAAUUCAAACACGUUGAUUUUGUGUGUUUGUUACUGAUUAAAGAAAUAAAAAUAUCGCCAAAGCGAAUGGUAGUAGUAGUUGAAUUGACGUUUUUGUGCAACAGUUGUGUGGAAGAUAUAUAAAAUGUUCUCAGGAAUAACAGUUGAGUUAGCAUAAUAAUAUUUUCUAUGGCUUUUCCUUGACCUAUCUGCCUUUCUUCGGAGAUGUUUUUGUAACAUUGAAGUUAUUUUUCCACGAGCAAUUAUGACGUUUUUACAUUUUUGUUCAAUAAAUAUAUUGUUCUGUAUUAAUUUUAGGUUUAAAGCUUAUCAAUACCUUCAAUAGGUUCUGGAUAUAUUCAGACAGACUUACCUAAAUUCUAACUGCCAUGAAACGAGAAAACUCUAAAUUUCUUGAAAAAAAAAAAAGAAAAAAAAAAGAUAGCAAAUGCUGUUUAACAAGAAAUUCUUAUACAAAAAAGCUCUUUUUUCAUAUCUUCCCAAGAAAAGUAAUCAUUUCGGAGUGACAAAAUAUUCAUAAAUUCAUUCAAUCCACAGACAUUUGAAAUUAAACGUAAAAUUUUGCUUCAAAUUCGCCAUAUAAAAUGAUUUGGGUAGAAAUACACCUGCGUUUGUUCUAACGUCGCUCUUUUUGGCCACGUCAGGUGAAGGUUGUAAGAUCCUUUUUGUUUUAUUUCACAGGUAAUUGAAAUUUUAUUUUCACGGACUAUAUAUGCUGUUGACAAUCAUAUGGUUUAUUUUAAUAACCAUAUCUUUGAGAUAUCGCGAAUGACUCAUGUUUAAUAUAUGAAACAUAUUUUGACAUUUAUCCUUUCAUUCUAUCACCUUCGGAUUGCUCAACACUUUAGCGAUACAUUUUAAAUGUACAAAAAUAUAUUUCCUAAUUUAUUCAGGGAUUAUUAUUCAGAGUUAUUAUGACUUUAUUAUAUUGUCGAACAAUUCAUUAAUUGAUAUAUCGAUUCAUAAUUGAAUGUCAUGCCAUUAAAAUCAUUUGUGUUUAUUUAUAAUGAAUGUCAAUUAAAGGUUGUGAUUUAUUUUCUUUUGAGCGUCCAGCGUUGAGGAUUUCCUCAACGAAAAAAAUGUUGACAUUCUAAAUAUGUCUAGGGAAGCCAUUCUCAGCAAAUAGACUGAAAUAAUGUCAUAUGGAACAUUUAUAGGUGGGUUCUAAACAAACAUGUAAAAUAAUGAAAAAUACGUUAAAAUUCUGGCAUUAAUGGGUUGCAGAUGAAAUGCACAUCAAAUUAAUACAGUGAUUACGUUACUAUAAAUUGAAGUAAGUACUUAAAAGAAAAUAGCAGCUUCAAAAAUACAAGAUAUGGCGAAAAAUCAAGUAAAUGACAAGAGUAAAAAGUCAUAUUACUUCAUAAGAACAUAGUCGUUAUUGAGAAUUUAGCAAUUACUUGACACCUGUUGUAAUUACAAUAUAAAAUUAGUAUAGAGCUCAAUUUGUAAUUUAAAUAGUCAAAUUAUGAAAUAGUCGAACAUAGUAAGCAACAGGACGAGCAAUAUUGAUCAAACAUGACUUUUUUCUUUUCACUUUCAAAAGGUUAUGCAGCUGGUUUUUGCAUACAGUCAAACUAGUGUCUAAAUGUCUACCGUGUGUAAUGCGGAUCUGUGACGCAGUUCAUUAAUACUGAAAAAAAUGUUUAUUUGAAACUAUGAAUUCAUCAUUUAUACAAUGCAAUAAAUAAAUACACUAGA